CGGCACUAUUCAAAUCUCUCUUUCGUCGUCUUCUUCGCGAGAAACUCUGAAGAACCCUAAAUUUUUUUUUCAGAUUCUCACUCAAAUUUCUGAGAAAAUGAAGGUUGUUGGCGCUAAUGUUCAUUUCCAGAAGUUGGAAGCCAAAUGCUCUUCACCGGCAUUCUAUCAAAGCUAUCUGGAGAUGAUAGCUGCUCAAGAACUCUCCGAAUUCCUUCAAAUGGAGAUUCGACUCAAAUAUGAAGAAGAAGUUCUUGAAUUCUACAGAAAUGGAAAGGUCAUGUCUGUUAAAUCAAAGAAGGACCCACAGAGGAUGAUUCAAGUCAUCAAGUCUACUGUUGGAAGGACCAAAGUGAAGCUUUCGCAGAAGAAAUUGGGAGAAAAGCUUCACCUUCCCAAUUCUGGAGUUGAAAUUGGGAAAUUUCCAGUCAAAAAUCUGGACUGGAACAUUAUUGGAAUUUCUGGGCAAGCUCCCUUUGGCCCAGCGAAGAAAGCAGACCUGAACAACGACUACAAAUUUGUUUUGGAACUGGUCAUCGCUUGCCUCGAGUGUGGAAGUGGAGGUCAUGCUGAUGACAUCACCCAGGAAAGAGCCUUCAUCAUCAACGCCCUCAUUACCAAAUCAAAGGUAAACUGGGCUGCACAUUUCUUCAAAUCCAUCUCAAAACAUCUGGGAAAGCCCAAUCAGAAAUACCUUUGUCAAGGUCUGUACAUUGGACAUAUUUUGGAGUCUAUGGGUGCUGCCUCUGAAGGAAAGAAGUAUGAAGAAAGAUAUUGGCUAUACUAUCUGUCUUCAAAAGGGGAAAACAGAGCUGGUGCUACUGCUACUGCAGAGGAAAGCUCUUCAGACAAUGUCCCACUCAUCAAUUUGACGAAAACUGCCAAAAGGAAGCAAGUGGUGUCUCCCUCCAUCAGUGUUGAAGCACCACAGAACCUUGCUCUGGUCAAUCUGGAAGAAGAAGAAGAAGUCUCUGACCAAGGAGAACUUCAAAGGAAGAAAAGGAGGAAAAUCAUCUCUCCCUCAACAUCUGGAAAUGUCAACUCGGAUGAGUUGAAGGAGAAAGAACCUGCUGAGGAAACCUCUGCCCACAACCAGAGUCCUCAACAACUUGAAGAAGAAAUUCCUCAAGUCCAAAGCCUUCCAACCCCCUCACCUCAACCACAAAUAGAUGAUGCUGAUAACCAAUUCUGGCAGCUCUACUAUGACUGGAGAGCUUGGAAAGUUGGAAAUUCAGCAGAGCAACUGUUGGGUUGGGACCAACAACUGAAGAAUGAGAAGAUCAUCAAGAAGUGCUUAGGACUACCAGUCAACCACAGCUGUGAACAAAUCUUGGAUGAUUACUGGGUAUGGCAAAGGAACCAUGAAGACUUGCAUCUGGAAUACUUGGUCACCACACCAAUUUCAGAAUUUGAAGUAGAUGAUGAGGAUACUGCAGUCUACAAGCCAGUCUUUUCAAAAGCCACAGAAGAUCAGGUGGUUCUCACUGCAGAAACACAGGCUGACUUGGAAGCAACAGCUGAGGAUUUCCAAGUUUUUUCGGAAACCUCACCUGCCCUUGAAACGGUUCUAACUGAAGAUGUCCAGGAGAAUGCAGACUCCCCUCCACAACAGAACCAGAAAACAGCAGAAGAAGAACUUCAGCAACUUAUCCAAUCUCAAAUUUUAGAGACUCCCACAACUCCUUGUGAGAUCUCCAAUCCUACUGAAACUGAGAUCCCGGAGAAGUCAGCAGAAAUUCUGAAGCAGUCCACUCUUCCAGAAACAAAUGAAAACCAAGAGGAGCAAGCUGUAGAAGCUCAAAGGAAUUCUGGAGAAGCUGAGAAGGAAACUCAAAUGGCAGAACUGGAGGCCUCUAAAACUCCAAUAGCUAUUUUUGAUGAGCAGAAUGAAGCUGAAGAAAGAAACUCCCUCUCUAUGUAUAUAUCAAACCUUGUGCCUGAUAAAGCAGAAAGAGAGUCUAAGAGGAUUGCUGAUGAAGAAGUUUUGCAAGAAGAUGCUGAAUCUCUUCCUAUGCAACUUGUCCAAAGAACACCCUCUUCUCAUCAGGUAACCAACUUCCAUUUCCAUGGCUCUUCCAUUCCUACUCUUCCGGAUGAGGUACCGGAAAUCUGGACAAAGAAGGUCCAAGGGUUAAUUGAAUCAGCCCUAGCGUCUCAACAUGCCUCAUUUAGGCAAGAGAUAGAGCAGAUGGAAGCCAGGUACAACAAACUGAUUGAGAAAUCUGAAGAGAAACACAGCUCAAAUCUCAAGGAAAUAAGCAAAUCAGUAGAAAAGAUUCUAGAGAUCAUCUCUCUAUUGAGUAACUCUGUGAGCAACACGAUGGACACACAUGCAUCUGACAGUUAUCUUCAACUCAAGGAGGUUAACAAAAUCAAAGAGCAGAUAGCAAAUGUCACCGUCGGCCUACAAAAGCAAAUGUCCCUUCUCCAAAUGGACAUCAGAUCAGCCCUAGCAGUGUCUUCAGCAAAUCAGAUUUGGAUUAUGGUGUAUGUUGGUGGAAGCUGGGGAAGUAAUAAUGCGUUCAAUCCAAAGUAUACAAUUGGAUUACCAAUUUCCAAGGCUAGCUUAUUUGUGGAUGUAAUUUCUCACCUUAGAGGUGUUAUUUGCAAGGGUGACAGUAGUGUGCUUUUAAGGAUUACUUAUGCUGUUGGAUCAAUUCUUCCACCAGUUGAGAUUAAUGAUGAAAGUAGCUUCCAAUUUUAUAUGGAUUUGAAAUCAAUUGAUCAUGACUUCUCAAAGCUCCCAAUCUGUGUUGAAUUUGUCCAUACAACCACCCCUGUUCAAGCACCCUUGCCACUUUGUCAUGAUAAUGCAUGCCAUGCUUUGAUGGAAAAUCUGUCGCACUUACCCAUCAGCUUCAGUGAUACUGUGUCAUGUUCACCUUACAGUUCACGUGAUUAUUCAGACCAUGGAAGUGCGCAAGACUUGCAACACCAUUUGCAGAUGUACUCUAUAUUGAACAAUUUUCAGUACAGAACACUUACAUCAAACAAAAAGUUUCUUCAUGUUGUGUGUUUGGAUGAUCAUUGUGCGUGGACAGUGCGGGCUGUUCGUUUAGAGCGUUCAAAUCUUUUCCAGAUUCGAAGGUUUGAUUCCUCUCAUUCAUGCUCUGUUGAUCUGCGCGAAGGUGACCAUAGACAAGCUACAUCUAGAUUGCUAUCAGAUCUUGUUCUGCAUCGCUAUACGGAUGCUUCUAAAAAACCAUAUGGACCUAAUGAUAUACGAGAAGACAUGAGGAGAGAUUAUGGUAUUUCUAUGUCAUAUAAGAAGGCAUUGAGUGUAAAAAAUAAAGUAAUGAGCAAAUUGUAUGGAGCUGAUGAUGAUUCGUACCAGUUACUGCCAUCAAUGUGCCAUGUAUUGGCCCAAAAAAAUCCAGGAUCUGUUAUAUCUCUCACAACCAAUGAAAAUGACCAAUUUAAGAGUAUGUUUUUCUCGCUAUGUGCAUGGAGACAAGCUUGGAUUCACUGCUUCCCAAUUCUAAUUGUAGAUGGUACAUUCCUGAAGGCAUAUUUUCGUGGUACAUUAUUGACCGCCUGCACACAAGAUGCAAACCGGCAGAUUGUCCCAUUGGCUUUUGGCAUUUGUGACACUGAGAGUAAGGAGACCAGGAUGUGGUUUUUAACCAAUGUGAAACGUGCACUAACUGAACGUAGUAACCUGUACAUUAUAUCUGACCGCCAUGAGGGCAUUAUAUAUGCUGUUGAACAAGUCUUCCCCUCCGUUUCUCACGGGUAUUGUUCUGAGCACAUACUUCGCAAUAUCAAAUCCAAAUUUAGAGGGAAAUCAGAGGUGAUUCAGUGGAAAUUUAGAGGUGCUGCUCGGGCAGCUACUGUCAAGGAAUUCGAAGAGUAUCUUCAACUGCUAGAUGAUGAAGAUCCUCGAAUAAGGGAAUACCUCAACAAAAUUGGGAAUUCAAAGUGGUCUAGAUGCCAUAGUGACAAAUCUCGUUAUUCUAGUAUGACAUCAAAUCUCGCUGAGUCAUUGAAUAAUGUCAAUAAUAGUGCUAGGGAGUUUCCUGUUGCAAAGCUUGUUGAAUUCAUUCGUGAUAGGAUGCAGCUGUGGUUUCAUGAACGGUCAGAAAUUGCUAGUUCCACUCGCACCCCUCUUCCUAAGAAACGUGAGGCUGUCCUAAUUCAAAUGCAACGUGAAGCUUUUCGUAUGAAGGUAUGCUUUUCAGAAAUUAGUCAUUCUUAUAUUAUUGCUUAUGGAGAGUGAUGUUUAAGUUGUUUCUAUUCUAUAUUUUUGUAUAAAACACAACAUACUUGGUUGGGCACUCUAGGCCUUCUAUUUAUUUCUUUAAUAUUGUGGCAAUCUA